CCUUAUUAACAGACAAUAAUAUGCAGUUAACAUUAGAAAGAUUUCAGUUUAUGUUAACUGAGCUGUCAGAUGUAACGCAAUUCAUUCUUGCUAUCUUUGGCUUAAUUGCAAUUUUAUUACCUAUUUUUCAAAAGCUAUCCUUUUAUACACCUAAUUGUAUUACAGUUUUUUUACAUAAAAUAUUAAUCUUACUAGGCAUUCCACAGCUCAUGAUCUAUGUAAGACCACAAGAAUAUUAUGAUAAUCUAUCCAAACAACUUAUAGAAAGUGAGCUCGCGAAUGAUUCAAAGGAAUCAGAUAUUUGUUUAGAUUCAAAUAUAGAAGCAGAUGAUGAAACAGCCCUAAUCUCUGGUUUAGUCAAUAUGGGUAAUACCUGCUUUUUAAAUUCUGUUUUACAGGCCCUAUCUUCUUUACUUCAUUUACAUAUAUAUUUGAAACAUAUAAGUUAUAUAUCCAAUCAUACUUCACUACCAGUAACACGUUCACUACUAAAGACUAUUCGAGCUCUAACAAUGCCUCGUUAUCGUUAUACAUCUUUUCGUCCUUUGGAUAUUAUUACUGCACUUUCAUCCAAUCGUCGAAUCAUUAAUCGUGAACAACAAGAUGCACAAGAGUUCUUUCAAUUAGUUUCGAGUGCAAUCGACACAGAAGGUCAAAAGGUCGUAAAGUCACUGGAUAAUGGGUUAAGGGUUUUGUUACAGAAACAUCAACACAUGAACACUCUAGAAAACCCAUUUAUAGGUUUAUUAGCUAAUCGGUUAUCUUGCAUGGAAUGCGGUUAUACGAGUGCAAUUCGUCAUUUUUCAUUUAAUAAUAUUCAACUCAAUGUACCAAAUAGAUAUACAACCUCACUCGAAGAAUGUCUAUCACAAUUCACAUCUAUUGAAUACCUUCAAGAUGCAAGUUGUAGAAGAUGUUCAUUUGUAACAACCAUUAAAGCUCUAACUGCAGAAAUAGAAACACUAAAGCAGCAAUCCAAAAGGCAAUCUAACAAAAAGAAGAAACGAGAGUUACUAACUCAAUUGGUUUCCUUAGAAAAAGUGAAGCAAGAGAUUGAAAAUAGAUUGAAGAUGGGUCGUAUUGAAGAAGAAAAUGAUCAAGAUCGAUUACUGAAGUCUGUAAGUUGUAUGAGUACAAAGCAAGUGAUGUUAGCAAAGCCGCCCAAGAUACUCUGUCUGCAUAUCUCUCGAUCUGCUUUUUUACAUACUGGUGCAGUUUAUAAAAACUCAUGUCAUCUAAUAUUUCCGGAAUAUUUGGAUUUAUCCCCCUUUUGUACAAAUGGUACACUUAAUACAAGGCCUAAUAUGCCUAUCUCAGUACCUUCAGAGCAACAUCAAUACUACAAGUUAAUGAGUGUAGUAGUCCAUUAUGGUAGUCAUAGUUUUGGUCACUUUGUAGCCUUCAAACGACGUAUUUAUACAAAUCAAUGUCAAUGUUGUGAAUGUAAUCGUGAUAAAGGUUUAGAAAAUUGGAAAUGUCAGAACGAUACCUGGUAUAGAAUUUCAGAUACAAAAGUUGAAUUAUGUUCUGUAGAAGAUGUGAUGAGAUCGAAUCCAUAUAUGCUCUUAUAUGAGCUUAUUAAUAAAAAAGAAAAUCCUUCAAUCAAUACGACUUUAUUACUCGAUGAAGAAGGAGAAGAAGAAGAAGAAGAGAUAGCAAUGGAUGAUAGUAGUAGUAGUAGUGAUGUUAUAUCAUCAGAAGAAGAAGAAGAUGAAUUAAAUGCUAGUAAGAAUGUAUACAACACUAUUAUACCAACAGAUGACGAUGCUGCUAAAGAAGCACUACGUAUAGCAAAUUCACUCAUCAUGAAAGAUAACAUGCUGCUGGCAGCUAAAUAAUAUAUAAGAGAAAGAGUGUUUUUUUUUUUUUUUUUUUUUCUUUUU